CUUACCAAAAUAAAAAUACUACUAUGUCAUCAAUCUUAUUUCUUUUUCAUCUUCCUCAUUCUCUUUGUCACAUCACAACAUGGCGUUUCUCCUCAAACACACACCCCUCAACCGCAACUACACCCCCACACUCCUCUUCCGCCUCUUCUCCUCCGCCCCACCACCAACCUCCACCCAAACCGACGCCGAGUUAAUCUCCAAAAUCCUCCUCAACCACCACAACCCCUUCCACUCAUCAGAAUCCUCCCUCCAACUCAACGGCAUAACCCUAACCCCAAUUCUCUUAACCCUAACCCUAACCCUCCUCAAACACAACUCCAAAAUCGCACUCUCCCUCCACAAUUUCUCCAAAUCUCUCCCAAAUCCACCUCUCUCACAUUCCUCCUACAAUCUCCUAAUCGAUAUCGUCUCCAAAGUUCAUCAAUUCGACCUCGCUUCACAGCUCAUCGUCGAAAUGGAUCAAAACAAUCUCCCCCCAUCACCAACCACAUUCUUCAUCCUCAUCAAACGCCUCAUCUCCGCUAACCUAACCCGUCAAGCAAUUCGAGCUUUCGAAGAAAUCGAACCCUUCACCGGUACCAAAUUAACCUCCGAACACUUCACUUUCUUGCUUGACACGCUUUGUAAAUAUGGUCAUGUUAAACUUGCUUGUGAUUUGUUUAACAAGAAUCAGAACAGGUUUGCACCUGAUGUGAAAAUGUAUACUGUUUUGAUAUAUGGUUGGUGUAAGAUUAGUAGAUUUAAAACAGCAUUAUCGUUUUUAAACGAGAUGAAGGUGAAGGGGGUUGAGCCGAAUGUUGUUACGUAUAACGUUGUAUUGAAUGGGAUUUGUAGGAAGGCGAGUUUGCAUCCGGAGGAGAGGUUUGAGAGGACGGUAAGGGAUGCGGAGAAGGUGUUUGAUGAAAUGCGUGAGAGUGGGAUUGAGCCGGAUGUGGCGAGUUUUUCUAUUGUUCUUCAUGUUUAUAGUAGGGCGCAUAAGCCGCAGUUGGUUUUGGAUAAAUUGGGAUUGAUGAAGGAGAAAGGGAUUUGUCCGAAUGUGGUGACUUAUACUUCGGUUAUCAAGUGUCUUUGUUCGUGUGGGAGGAUUGAAGAAGCCGAGGAUUUGAUUGAUGAGAUGGUGAGGAAUGGAGUGAGUCCUUGUGCUGCGACGUAUAAUUGUUUUUUUAAAGAGUAUAGAGGGAGGAAGGAUGCUGAUAAGGCUUUGAAGUUUUUUAGGAAGAUGAAGGAUGAUGGAUUGUGCGAGCCGACGACACAUACGUAUGGUGUUUUGAUUGCUAUGUUUUUGAAGGCGGAUAUGAUUGGAGUUGUUAAGGAGAUGUGGAAUGAUAUGAUAGAGAGUGGGGUUGGACCGGAUUUGGAUUCUUAUACAGUUUUGAUACAUGGGUUGUGUGAGAGGAAGAAGUGGAGGGAGGCUUGCCAGUAUUUUGUUGAGAUGAUAGAGAAGGGGUUUCUUCCUCAAAAAGUUACAUUCGAGAAACUUUAUAGGGGUCUCAUUCAGUCUGAUAUGUUGAGGACUUGGAGGAGAUUGAAGAAGAGGCUUGAUCAAGAGUCCAUCACAUUUGGUUCUGAGUUUCAAAAUUAUCAUUUGAAGCCAUAUAGGAGAUGAGCUACUAUUGGUUCACAUGAGAAGGUUGAAUCAGAGAAGAAGAAAGAGAACAGAAAGCAUAAUGAGACGAUUCUCUGUCGGAGGUGUUUGCAUACAGAAUGCCCUAUGCACCCCCUCUUUUCUGUACAGUAGAGAAGGUUCUGAUACCAAACGGGUCGGGAGCCUCACUUACUACAAUAAUUAAUUGUUGCAUUCUGAAGUGAGGCUCAGACUUGUCAUCUAAAAACAUUUAUAGUGUCAAAGCAAAGAUUAGCAACAAAGUUCAUGUUAUAAUAGAGAAGACCAUAGUUUGGGAUCAUUAGCCAAUGGCAUUCUGAUGCACAGGUUCCUCAUUGAGACAAACACAUACUAGCUUCUCUGUCGAGGUGUUAUGAUACGAUCGUAACAUUUCAUGCUUGCAGGAAGAAAAAAUUGAGCAUUUAGAAGUUGUGUUUGUAGAAUAUUCAUGUCUUGAGGACAAAUUCAAGAAGAAGAUCAAGGUUAGGGAAUGCGAGAGGGCACAGUUUAAGAAAAGAGGAGGUGUCACUUGGAGUGAGGAAGAACACUGGAAAUCUCUUGAAGUGAGCAUAAAGCAGGAUAUGAUUGAGAAGAGGAAUCAUCCAAUGAAAAAGAUGCAUUCUAAGAUAAGAAAAUCCAAGCAUCUGGCUAGUUGCAUUGGAAAGUGACGACAACAGAGCAUAGAGCAUAGUUGAAGGAUGUUGAAUAUUUGAAUUUAUUACCCAGGAAUGUAAUACACCUUUGGAUUUAGUUUUUAUGAUUGAUUGAUGAUUGUUUGGUGUUUUUAUGAAUGAUGUAUAUCAUUAUUGUUUUGACACACUCUACUCAAAUGACCAUAUGCUCAUUUUUGUUAAAUCGAUUUGGAGGGGAAUCUAAACCGCUCAAUUUUUGUAUUUAAUAAUCUAAUAAAUUUGAUUUUAUGAUUAAGUCCAA